UUUCUUGUUUCUCACGCGUUUGCCUUAUUUUUAAAACAGGAAAUGUCAUCACACUCUCCCUCUUUCCUCUCAUUUGGGACAAUCUAAUUUCAUAAAUCCUGUCCAAACUUCUCCCUCCCUCCCUCCACCCCCUCUCCUCCUCCACCAUGAACCAUCAUCACCGACGUGAGUCCUUCUCGGUGACUAUCUCUAACAUGGGAGGUGGUUCCACGGUGGUUUGUCCUAACACCGAUCUUCUCUGGCCAUUCGGGAAGCUAAACGGUCUUGAACAAGAUGAUAUCCGUGAGACGGCUUACGAGAUCUUCUUCACGGCUUGUAGGUCGUCACCGGGGUUUGGAGGUAGGACUGCUCUCACGUUCUACUCUGCGCACAAUAACAACGACAAUCAUGGAGAAGCAGCAGGAGGAGGAGGAUCAAAUGGUGGUGGCUCUGGUUCAGGGUUUGGGUUUUCAGGGAGGAAAGAGGUGGUGACAACCCCUACAAGCCGGGUGAAACGGGCUUUAGGGUUGAAGAUGCUUAAACGGUCUCCGUCUAGGAGGAUGUCUACGAUAGGAGUGGCUGGAGGAGCCGGGACAAACUCAUUGUCACCCGGCGGCGGAAGUAGCUCAGGACCUAUGAGCCCUGGAGCAGGGUUCUUGACGGUCCAGCCUACUCGGCCUAGAAGACCGUUAACUUCGGCGGAGAUCAUGAGGCAACAAAUGAGGGUGACAGAACAGAGUGAUAGCCGGCUUAGAAAAACCUUAUUGAGAACGCUUGUUGGUCAAACAGGUAGAAGAGCAGAGACAAUAAUCUUACCGUUAGAGCUUCUCCGACACUUGAAAACAUCAGAGUUCGGCGAUGGACAAGAGUACCAGCUCUGGCAACGAAGACAACUCAAAGUUCUUGAAGCUGGUCUUCUCCUACACCCAUCGAUUCCUCUAGACAAAACCAACAACUACGCAAUGCGUCUAAGAGAAAUCGUUAGACAAAGCCAAAACAGACCCAUCGACACAACCAAAACCUCAGACACAAUGAGAACGCUAUGCAACGUAGUCGUGUCUUUAUCAUGGCGCAGCACUAAUGGAAACCCAUCCGAUGUUUGUCACUGGGCUGAUGGUUACCCUCUCAACAUCCAUCUUUACGUAGCUUUAUUGCAGUCGAUAUUCGACGUAAGGGAUGAGACGUUGGUGCUUGAUGAGAUCGAUGAGCUUUUGGAGUUAAUGAAGAAAACUUGGUCAACGCUAGGGAUCACAAGACCGGUGCAUAAUCUAUGUUUCACUUGGGUUUUGUUUCAUCAGUACGUAGUAACGUCACAAAUGGAACCAGACUUGCUUGGUGCAUCACAUGCUAUGCUGGCUGAAGUUGCUAAUGACGCUAAGAAACUUGACCGUGAAGCUCUCUAUGUCAAACUACUGACCUCAGUAUUAGCCUCUAUGCAAGGCUGGACCGAGAAAAGAUUGUUAAGCUACCAUGACUAUUUCCAAAGAGGCAACGUGGGGUUGAUAGAGAAUCUUCUCCCAUUGGCGUUAUCAUCGUCAAGAAUCUUGGGAGAUGAUGUGACGAUCUCUCAAGGGAAAGGCGACGUUAAGUUAAUUGAUUAUUCAGGAGACCGUGUUGAUUAUUACAUAAGAGCGUCUAUUAAAACCGCAUUUUCUAAGGUGAUAGAGAACACAAAAGCUAAAAUCUUAGCUACCGAGGAAGGAGAAGAAGCGGCUGCAACACUAUUGCAUCUAGCUAAGGAAACAGAAGAGUUAGCGUUGCGAGAGCGUGAAUGUUUCAGUCCCAUACUCAAGAGAUGGCACUCAGUCGCUGCUGGUGUUGCCUCGGUAUCGCUUCAUCAAUGCUAUGGUUCGAUCUUGAUGCAGUAUUUGGCAGGAAGAUCGUUUAUCUCGAAAGAUACUGUUGAGGUUUUGCUAACGGCAGGGAAGCUUGAGAAGGUAUUGGUGCAGAUGGUGGCUGAAGAUUCAGAAGAAUUUGAUGACGGUGGAAAAGGGCUGGUUCAAGAGAUGGUUCCUUAUGAAGUUGAUUCGAUUAUAUUGAGGCUUUUGAGGCAAUGGAUAGAAGAGAAUCUAAAGAGAGUUCAGGAGUGUUUGUUUAGAGCAAAAGAAACUGAAACGUGGAACCCUAAGUCCAAAUCAGAACCUUACGCACAAUCUGCAGGAGAGUUAAUGAAACUAGCCAAGGAAAUAAUCGAUGAGUUCUUUGAAAUCCCUAUUGGGAUUACAGAGGAUCUAGUUCAUGAUCUUGUUGAAGGAUUAGAACAACUUUUCCAAGAAUACACUACCUUUGUUGCAUCUUGUGGUUCGAGACAGAGUUACAUUCCUACUUUACCUCCUCUUACAAGGUGCAACAGAGAUUCGGGAUUCCUUAAACUAUGGAAGAGAGCGACACCCUGUACAGCCGUCAGAGAAGAUUUCAGCCACGUUGCACCCGCGUUAUCCGACGGCCACCAUCCACGCCCAUCCACAAGCCGCGGGACGCAACGUCUUUACAUUCGCCUCAACACACUACAUUUCCUAAGCUCACAUAUCCAUUCACUCAACAAAACACUCUCUCUAAACCCUAGGGUACUUCCCGCAACACGAAAACGUUACCGCCACCGUAACAACAACUCUUCAUCUUACUUCGACUUCACCUACGCGGGCAUCGAAUCCGCUUGCCAGCACGUGUCAGAAGUGGCCGCUUACCGUUUGAUCUUCCUCGACUCGAACUCUGUUUUCUACGAAAGUCUUUACGUAGGAGAAGUCGCCAACACGAGGAUCAGACCGGCUCUACGGAUCAUGAAACAGAACUUCACGUUAAUGUCGGCGAUUCUCGCCGACCGUGCUCAAGCGCUAGCGAUGAGGGAGGUUAUGAAGGCGUCUUUCGAAGCGUUCUUGAUGGUCUUGCUCGCGGGAGGGUAUCCGAGAGUGUUUUACAGGUCGGAUCAUAGUUUGAUCGAAGAAGAUUUCGAGAGCUUGAAGAGGGUUUUCUGUACUUGUGGCGAAGGGUUGAUACCAGAGGAUAUUGUUGACAGAGAUGCGGAGAGUGUGGAAGGUGUGAUUCAGCUGAUGAGUCAACCUACGGAACAGCUUAUGGAAGAUUUUAGCAUUGUGACGUGUGAAACGAGUGGAAUGGGGAUGGUUGGGUCAAGACAGAAGCUACCGAUGCCUCCGACCACUGGAAGGUGGAACCGGUCGGAUCCGAACACUAUCUUGAGGGUUCUUUGUCAUAGAAACGACCGUGUUGCUAAUCAGUUUCUUAAGAAGGCGUUUCAAUUGCCUAAAAGGAGGUGACAACUUGAAAUGGAGAAAGCAAAAGAAAAGAAAAGAAUUCAACUCUUAAAAAACAAAAAUGUUUGUGUUGGUGAGAGAGCUGAACUUGAUUUGUUGUGUCAAGCUAUUCAAUAUGUGAUUUUUUUCAGCUGAUUUGUAAUAAUUUAUUUGUUUUUGUUUUCUUAUUGUUACAGAAGUUGAAGAGUAAAGCGAGUUUGUAUGUUAUUUACGA